AUGCCAACAAUAACCUCUACAACACAAUUAACUGAAACGGAUAUAUCAACAACAACAACAACAACUGGUAGAACAACAACAACUACCAUGACUCCACCAAAUUUAUUGAUAAAUCCUGACGCUGAAUUAGGGUCACUUGAUGGUUGGAAUCAAAAUGGCCCUUCUCCUGUCAUGAUUGAUUCAAACGGACAAUUCAAUGAAAAUUAUUAUCCACAUAGUGGAACUUUUUGCUUUGUUGGGGGAGAAGGACCUGAUUCACCAUCAAGAUUAGUUCAAAAUGUUAAACUAUUGGGUGGUGUACAAGGUUUCACGGAAAGUCAACUUGAUGCCGGCUUUCUCAGAGCGGAAUUAAGUUUUUACUAUCAAACUUACAACCAAAUUUUGGUACCCCAUGAUCUGGUUCAAGUUAGCUUGAUGUUUCGAUCAGCUUCUUCUAUAUUGAGCACAGUGGAUUCCGGAGAAAAAGCUUGCACGACGUCUCAUCCAGGAUGGUGUCAUUUCAUAGAUUCGUUUCCAUUACCAACCGGUGUACGAAGUAUUGAUUAUACUAUGAUAUUUAGUCGGAAAGGUUUCAUAGGCAGUGAUAUAGACUGCUAUAUUGAUGACAAUUCAUUGAAAAUUAUAUAA